AUGUAUCCUCGGAAUGGCACAGCGCAGGAGCCCGGUCAGCUGCCCCGGCUGCAAGCCUGGGUUAUCGUCAACCCGACGAGUGGACAAGGGAAGGGCGAGCUCCUCCAGCGGCGCAUCGAGACGACGCUGCGGACGGAGUUCCCCGACUGCGUCACCCGAGUGAGAACCGCCAGCGAGUUGAUGUCAGUCCAUGACGCCCGGCUCGGCCGGAAGGAUAAUCAUGCACCGCUUCCUCCCUUACGCGUCGCGUCGUCGUCGUCCUUGUUUUACGCCGAAGGACUCCGUACUGGAGACCCUGUCGCAGGCGACGCAACGAUGCACUGCUCACGGCGGAGCGGAGUGCGGGUGGACAUUAUUGCCACGGAGCAUGAAAUACGCGGGCGAGAAGUGGCAGAGCAUCUCACGAAGAUGGUGGUCGCGUCUCGCCUGCGCCGUUGCCUCAAUGGGAAAGUUGCUGCAGCGAUAGCGGACGGCGUGACGACGGCGAUCACGAGCCACGAAUGCGACGUGGAUUCACUGCACGUUUUUGUGGCCGUCGGAGGAGACGGCUCCUUAAGUGACGUCGUGAACGGCAUGUGCCGUGGCACCUUGGAAGCUUUUCGGAAGAGCAUAGCAACGCCUAUGCACAGUGAUGAAGCUUCGACAGGGGGGCUUGACUCACUGCAGUACUACUGGCAAUCACUUGAGGACCGAUCGAUAUUGCGGCACUUUCUCCCGUCGUUGAUAUACGUUCCGGCGGGCACUGGGACGGACUUUGCCAGAUUGGGGUUGGGCUGCCGCAGUGCACGGGAGUUCGUUGCUCUCCUACGUAGCGUCUGGGGACACCUCAUGCCAGCCUCACCACUCACCACCUUGGUGCGGGUACCGCCGGGUGUGAAUGGAACCCAUGUUGGUAAGGAAUCUACUACCACCACCGCAAGAGAUAGCACAAAGGGUAGCACGGAUGAUGCGGCGCCACUUGGUUUUGAGGUGUAUGACGUGGAUGUGGCACGGGUGUCGUUUCCCCGCAGCAGGCAAAAUUAUUUUUUUAUAAAUGAGUGCUCAUGUGGAAUUUCUUGUGAUGUGAUUGAGAAAUGUGAAGGGUAUAAAGAAAGUAAAUUCAUGUCCUUGUUGGGGGGUAAGCUCAUGUUUGCCGUAGCGUCUAUCAUCUCCGUGUGUCAGCUGCGGCCAAAGCCAUUUCGCCUUGUCGCCCUCCCUGAGUUUGCGUCGCUGCCGUCAAACAGCCUCACCCCGCGCCGCAUUGGCGGAGAGUUGCCACACCCGCACCUCAUCAUGAAUGAAGCGGCGCUGCGGGGCGUACAGCAUGAUCUCCAGUGGGUGAAGGCGUCUGCGUGGGAGGAGGCGCUUCCGGCGACGGAGCCCCUGCGUUUCGGCGCCAACUACUACGCGUAUGAAGUCCAGGGCGCGAGCAUUGCCUCAGACUUUGCGGCUCCCCCCGCGGACGGAAAAACGGUCGUCAACCCGUUUUACGCUGACCCCAGCCGCAAGGAGGCCAAUACGCCGGAAGAAAUUGUCGCCGCCGUAAACGACCCUGACCCGUCGGGCCGAUGGAUUUGUUUGAAGUCCUCCACGUUGGCCUUCGGCAACGGGCGGUGGUUCGGCGGCGGAUUGCAGGUGACCCCGCACGCCAACCCCACCGACGGCCAGCUCAGCGUGACAAGUUGGGUCGCCGGUUUUGCCCAGUUCGUCUUGCACGCCCCUUCCUUGUACACCGGCAACCACACACACUGGCCCUCCACGACGAUAUGGAACACAACACGCACCAUCAUCGACGUGGACACGCGCCUCUCGCCUCGUUCCGCCGCGAAAAACUCAACUUCACGCGUUGAAGCCUUGAUGCAAAGCUGUGAGGCCGACGGUGAAAUACUAGAGCGACUGCCUGCCAUCAUUGAGGCGACCGCUGUCCUAACGAUGUUUGUGCCUCGGGGCCGACCUGGACGAAGAAUCCGUGGCGGAAACCACGACCGGCGUGAGGGAAGGAAUAUGUCUUGA